AUUUAGAGACGUUCUUCGCCGAGAGUCGCCGCGGUUUCCUGCUUCAACAGUGCUAGGACGGAACCCGGCGCUCGUCCCCCACCCCGGCCGGCCGCCUACAGCCAGCCCUCCGUCACCUCCACACCGCGUCCUCGGAUCGUCCCAAGGCCCCCGCCUCUCCAGCGCCGCGCAGCCACCGCCGUCGCCGCCUCUCCUUAGCCGCCGCCGCCUCUCCUUAGCCGCCGCCAUGACGACCUCAUCACCUUCGCAGGUGCGCCAGAACUACCACCAGGAUUCAGAGGCCGCCAUCAACCGCCAAAUCAACCUGGAGCUCUACGCCUCCUAUGUUUACCUGUCCAUGUCUUACUACUUUGACCGAGAUGAUGUGGCUUUGAAGAACUUUGCCAAGUACUUUCUUCACCAGUCUCAUGAGGAGAGGGAACAUGCCGAGAAACUGAUGAAGCUGCAGAACCAACGAGGUGGCCGCAUCUUCCUCCAGGAUAUCAAGAAACCAGACCAUGAUGACUGGGAGAGCGGGCUGAAUGCGAUGGAGUGUGCAUUACAUUUGGAAAAAAAUGUGAAUCAGUCACUACUGGAACUGCACAAACUGGCCACUGACAAAAAUGACCCCCAUUUGUGUGACUUCAUUGAGACGCAUUACCUGAAUGAGCAGGUGAAAUCCAUCAAAGAAUAGGGUGACCACGUGACCAACUUGCGCAAGAUGGGAGCACCCCAAUCUGGCUUGGCAGAAUAUCUCUUUGACAAGCACACCCUGGGAGACAGUGAUAAUGAAAGCUAAGCCUUUGGCUAAUUUGGCUAAUUUCCCCAUAGCCACAGGGUGGCUUCCUGGUCACCAAGGCAGUGCAUGCAUAUUGGGGUUUCCUUUACCUUUUCUAUAAGUUGUACCAAAACAUCCACUUAAGUUCUUUGUACCAUUCCUUCAAAUAAAAAGAUUUGGUACCC